AGGCCGCCCGAAACCCGCCCCGCAAACCCCGCCCCGCGCCUCUGCCCCGCGCCACGUCCCCCCUGUCUUUUUCCCGCCGAAAAAACUCGCCCAUCCCGCCCGCCGCCACCAUGCCCUACGACCCCGAGGGCCCCGUGGCCAAGCAGCUCACGCCACUCCUCGUCAACGAGUUGACGGCCACGUUCAACAUCCCCGACGACGCGCAGGACACCGCCGACUACAUCAACAUGAUGAUCGGCCAGAACAGGACCGCCAGCGACAUCUGCGCCGAGGUCAAGGAGGUCGUGAACAUCCCCAUCGACGAGACGUUCAUCGGCCGCGUAUUCGAGGAGAUCGGCCGCUUGGAGCUGCUCCAGCAGCAGAUGUUCCAGGCGCCCCCUCAGCAGCCGCAGCAGCCGCCGCAGCAGCCGCCCGCACAGCCGUUCCAGCCGCCCGCACCGCACCAGUCCCAGCCGCAGCCCGCCGCGGAACAGCCGGCCGUGUUCCCGCCGCCGCUGGCCAGCAACCCCUUCCAGCCCGUGGCGCCGGCACCGGCGCCGUUCGCCUUGCCCACGGGCCCCGCGGCCAGCGCGUUCCCCGCGCCGCAGCCCGCGCCGCAGUUCCCCUCGGGCCCCCAGGGCCAGGCCAAGAAGGACGCGCACGUGAACUUCAGCAAGCAGACCACGGACGCCAGGCGCAGCGGCGGCGUGGCCAAGGCCGGCGGCCGCGCGCCCGGCCGCGGCAGCGGCGUCAGCAAGGACUACGUCAGCGGCAGCAGCAAGACGCCGAAGAAAAGCUUUGGCAUGCAGAGCGCCGCCAACCUCCAGCGGGCGUUGGCCUUGGCGCCCGCGGACUCCGUCAACAUGCAGCCGUUCACGCCGCGGCCGCCCAAGGGCCGCUGCGCGGACUUCCCGCACUGCCGCAACCGGGAGUGUGCGCAGGCGCACCCCACCAAGAAGUGCUUCGCGUACCCGAACUGCCCCAACGCGCCCGGCACCUGCGACUACUUGCACCCGGCCGAGGACGGCGCGUUGAUGCAGGAGUUGGAGAAGACCAAGCAGCAGUUCUUGGACCGCAAGAACCAGAAGUUCGCGCCGCAGGUGACCUUGUGCAAGUACGGCAUCCUCUGCUCCAAGGAGUUGUGCCCGUUCGGCCACCCGACGCCCGCCAACCAGGACGCCAAGGUCAUCAUCCAGAAGUGGUGCCGCGAGAACAAGGCCUGUCUGAACCCUGCCUGCGAGUACGCGCACUCGUCGCCCAACUACCAGGCCCCGGCCCCGGCCCCGGCCCCGGCCCCUCGGCCCGUGGUGCCCAAGUUCGCCUCCCAGCCCGCAUACAACAAGUAUACCAAGCGUACGCCCACCACCUUGGAACAGUGCAAGUUCGGCCUCAGCUGCACCAACCAGCUGUGUCCCAAGAGACAUGCCACGUCGCUGGUCGCGUGCCGCGCCGGCUACAACUGCACGCGCAUGGAUUGCACGUUCAACCACCCGAUCGACGAGGACUGCCGCUUCGGCGACGACUGCAAGAACAAGCCCUGCUACUUCCGGCACCCCGACGGCAGGGAAAAGGCGCUUUUCGCCGGCCACCCUGGCCAGCCCACCAUGCAGCGUCCUUUCGCCGUUGCCGAAGACCAAGUGAUGGAGCAGGCAACGCAGAUCUGAGGCUCCCACUUUUAUAUAUUUGACAAAAAAAUUAAAAAAAAAAACAAAAAAAA